GGCGAAUUUGUUUUGAUUCGAAGUCAUGUUGAGUUAGAGUGCAUCAGUAAAAUGUAAUAUUAAAGUGGCUGUAGUAUGAAGUUAUUGAAAUCCUUUUGUAAUUAAUUAAAUAUCUGAAUGGCCCAACACUACGAUAGCAUCUAUGAACGUCAGGAAGAAGAAUGUCUGAAAUUUGCCAAUUGUUUAAUUGAGAAAUGCAAGUUGUCUUUUCCAGCUGUCAGAUGUCUGAAAGAUAUCAACUGUAAUCUAAUAGUGUCAUUAUAUGAAAAUAUUACAGGUCUCACUAUUCUAGAUUUGUUGUCUUGUGAGAACGCUGUAGAUGAAGCACAUAAUGUUCAGGCUGUUAUUGAUGCCUUGUCUUUGGAUCUGCUUGGAAUAUCCCUGUCUCACAUAACUGGGGAAGACAUAGUAGCUGGAGAUGUUACUGCCAUUUAUAAUCUUCUUGAAAUUUUGGAAGGAAUUUUUUUACUUACAUCUGGUGGCAAAAAUAAUAGCACUUCUAGUAGUUAUUCUGUUUCAAGUAAAAAAGGCAUUAAAAGAAAAAUAUCCCGUUUAUCUAGCAGAAAACAGAAACUCCAGCCUGGAUCUAUUGAAUUUGCUGAAAAUAAUGAAAAUCUGAGAAAUAAGCUAGACAGCAGCUUUAUUUCAUUUGGUAGUACACAUUCUUAUGCUUCAACCUCAUCAUCAUUAGGGCAUGAAAAGGAAAAGUCUCCUGUUAGAUCAAGAGAUGCUUAUGCUGACCUGUCUGCUGGCCUUAAAAUUCUUCAUCCUAAACAUAUUCAAAGAAAGUUGAAUUCUAUAGAAAUUUCCCCUCCACCAUCAGUAGAUGAUGUUACAUCAUCUGUCCACCCUAAGCUUAUAUCUAAAGUGCCUGGUGAUCCUUUUCAAAGAUCUGAAAGAGGAAAAAAGACAAAAAAGGAAGAACACCAGCAAUUUGUAGAAUCACCAUCUAUUUUAAAUUUAAUACAUACUGCACGAAAAAAUGAGAAUUCAGGUUCCUCUCAGAUCAGGACAAAGAAGGCUAAAACUGCUGAUCCUUUUCAUUUAAAAGAAGAUAAAAGGCUGAAAAAGAAGGUAUAACAAACACUACAUGCAUGCUAAGCAAACGUUAUAUU